ACCACUGCACACAAUGCUUUUCCUCCCAGCUGCUGCUCUGUGCUGUCUGUGUUCAGCGCUGGUUGCCAUGGCAGCACAGCUGAUUCAGGAUGAUUUAACAUUGACCAGGAGAGCUGGUGAAAAUGUUUCAUUCAGCUGUCGAGGAACUGGCCAGUGUGACAGUAGUUAUGUACUCUGGUACCAGAAGAAAGACAAAGAAACAUUCACUGUGAUUCUUGAUAUUAUCCUGGAUGAUGGUGACGUAGAUAAAGGUUACAAUCACCCUCAGAAAGAUGAUUUCUCAGCUGUAGAGACACAGAACGGCUGGGAGUUGCAGAUCCAGACAGUUCAACUCUCACAUUCAGCCACCUACUACUGUAGCUGUUAUAAAGUUGUUUCCCACAAGUGGAUCUUUGGCUCUGGCACUAAACUGUUUGUAGAUGAGCAGGUAGUGAAGCCCGUGGUGAGCGUGUACCCAGCAGCAUCCAGAGCCCACCUGGAGGGGAAGAGCUCCCUGCUGUGUGUGGCCUCAGCCAUGUCUCCUCCUCGGGUCCGGUUCUCCUGGAAAAGACAGAAGAAGAACGGCCCGCUGGAGGAUCUGACCCCUGCUGAGUUUGAGCAGCUGGAGCUCAGAGAGCCGGGACGCAGCGCCUCCAUCCUGCUGCUCCAUCAGCAAGAGAACAGCACAUAUAAAUACCACUGCUACGUCAAGCACGAGGGGGGCCCAAUGGAGGUCCAAACAGGUAAUGAAGGCUUGCUGCAACUCCAAACAUUUGACUCCUUUUCUGUUUCAGAGGUUCCAGCUGCAGCAGCCUCCUGUCCUCCAGAGAGAGAGCCAGCAGACCUGCCAGCUCUGCAGCAAGCUGACUUGCUCUUCCAGUCUCAGUGCAGGGUGAAGCUGCUCUGUGUGCUGUACACAGUGCUGAUAGUGAAGAGUCUGGUGUACUGCUGUGGACUCUCUCUGCUGAUGAUCCUCAGAAACAAGGGACCGUCCACCAACUGCACACAUGCUGACUGACUGUUUCCUGCUCGCCUUUUCUCACCAUCACAUCUCAUCAAUUCAUCUCAUUCAUCACUUUGAUCAGUCUUCAUAAAUGUCACUUAUGACGCGUUGUGCUUGUUUUUACAUUUUCUCUCUUUAUGCACAAGUUAGAUACAGUUGUGCUAAAUAUAUAAAUACAUAUAUACUCAUUUAUAUUUACAAAUAAAA